CUCCUCCAUUAUGGCACCAGAGGUCGUGUACAAUCAGUGGAAUCGGGAUGAAGAGCACAAUCAGUUCAUCUGCCCCAUUGUCUACACAAAUGAGAUGCCCACUCCUCCGAAGGAUUGCAAGUAUCUGCCCUGCAGACAGCUUAUCCGGGAGUACGGAAAGGACCCGGUCUUGAUUCCCAGACUGGAGACUCGCUUCUCGCAACUUUUUAAAGGGCUGCAUGAGCUGUUCGACAUUGAUUUGAUGAAUCAGAAGGCUUACGAUGAGCUACCCGAGAAUGUGCAGCCAAUGGAUCCCAGAGAUGCAGCCUUACUCAAGCACAUUGAAGCCCUGCACUGUGACCACGCCAGACCAAGUCGCGAGCAGGAGUGCGCCCAGAUGUUCGCCAAGGAGCGGGUCCAGGCGCCUCGUCCUCGUGCAGGACUACAGCGUUCUUCGGUGGUGCCCAAGGCCUCGGGAAACCUGGAGCCCGUCAGCGUGGAGCUGCAAAAGGCGAUCAUUGAUGGCAGCUUCAGGGAUAUUAAGAAACCCCUUUUCAGACAUCCCAGCAAACCGGAUAGCAAUGCCUACCCAGUGAAGUCUUGGCCAGUCUUUCCCGAUGCGAAUUUGCAGAACUACUGCUUCGUCCAGAUGAAGUUCGAUAUUCCACCCCAGGAUAUCAACCAGAACUUAAUCAAGGACUGCGGCAGCUGCCUGAUCAACUUCAGUUUCAUGCAGGACAUUGCGGAGACCAUGGAAAAGGUGUACAUAUCCGAUCAUCGCUACAGAGAGGAAAAAGCCGCCGAUAGCUUGGAACGCUGUGAGCGUUUCAUGCUCCGUGAGCAAGGUGAUGCCCUCCAUUACGUAAGCGUGGACAAGUACAUCAAACUGAGGCGGGAACGACCACGCCCCCAGUCAUCUUCCAACAAGUGUCUGCUGCAGGUCAAGCGUGUGGAAAUGGAAACAACAUGA